AUGAAUGGAGCAUGUGUGACUAGAGCGGCAAACAUGCCGAGAUAUAGCAUCAUUUCCAAGCGCUGGUACAGUCCCGAGGUUAAAGAGCACUUUAAUAAUCCCAGAAAUGUUGGUAGUUUUGAUAAGAAUGACCCCUCGGUGGGCACUGCAGUCGUGGGAAAAGCCGCCUGCGGUGAUGUUAUCAAGUUCCAGGUCAAGAUAAAGGACGGAGUUAUUCAGGAUGCAUGCUUCAAGACAUUUGGAUGCGGCUCUGCCAUUGCAAGCAGUUCAUAUGUCACAGAGUUGGUCAAGGGGAAAACUUGCCAAGAAGCAAUUGCCAUCAAGAAUACAGAUAUAUCAGAAAAACUAAACCUACCACCCGUAAAGGUUCACUGCAGCCUCUUGGCUGAGGAUGCCGUAAAGCACGCAAUCAAGGAUUAUUAUCGCAAACAAGGUGAAACAGAGUGA